AUGUUUGCUCUACGGGAGUGUAAAACAACCCAGCUUGAAGAGCGCCUCAACCGCCUGGUCAACACCCUACGCGUUUCAAGAAACGUGUCUACCCUCCCUAGUGGCCCAUCUACCGGCCAGCCAGUACUACCAGGCCCAUCAAGACACUCGUACCCAAUCUCCAACCCGCCAGUCUCCCUGCUCUCAGGACAGCCAGUGCCCGCAGACUUCUACUCCCAGAGCCGCGUCUCCCCCUGGGACGUCGAAGACCUCGCCGACAUCAGACCUAUUAACAUCCCCGAGACCUACAACUCCUUCGUGCCCCCGACAUGCAUAUGCAAGCCAGAGCCGGGGGAAGCCCCGCCUCCUCCCGACACGGACGAGAACCUCCUCAAGAUCUACCGGACCAAGCUGGCGCCGUGCUUUCCCUUCGUGUUGGUACCGGAUGACGUCUCCGCCACCACGCUCGGGGCGACGAGGCCGUUUCUGAUGGCUGCUAUCCGCAUGGUCUCAUCGUACCGCAGCAUGAAGUCGAUGCGCGGACAAAUGUAUCGUCUUUUGAACCAUGUUGCUGAUCACAUGCUCCUUCGAUCCGAGAGGUCGUUUGAUUUGCUGCUUGGUUUGGUGGUCAUGCUGGGCUGGUUUCAUCAACACUGUAUCGCUCACGCUCAGCUUAACCAGCUUGUUUCUCUGGCUGCGUGCCUUGUUGGGGAGCUCGGGCUGAAGAGGAGCCCCUGUUUGCCUGAAAGGACGAGGUUGUUGGUCAUGCGGCCGUGGGAGUUGCGGGAACGCACAAAUGAGGAGCGGAGGUUGUUGUUGGCAGUGUGGUAUUUGAGUUCUUGCAUCUCGAUGGAUAUCCACCAGAUUGACCCCAUGAGAUAUUCGGGGUACAUGCAACAAUGUUUACGAGAACUUGAAGAGGAUGUAGAGUUCCAGUCAGACAUACACCUUGCCUACAUUGUUCGGAUCCAAAAGCUCUGCGAGAGGAUCUCUGAUCUGAGGUCAAAAGACUAUCUAGAUGAGGAGGGGGACGAGAGUACUCGAGCACCUCUUUCAGCCUACGUCUCUGGGUUCAGAGCCGAACUCAACAAAUUGCAAGCCAGCAUGCCUGCUACCUUGAAAAACAACGCCUACCUUCAAGUGCGUAUGGCCACCCUCCGCCUCCGCAUCCACGAACCUCCCAGAAUCGACGCCGAGCUCCUCGCCUCCCUUUCCAAAUCCCUUGACUCCAUCAGCGCAGGCUCAACAUCCGCCCUCGACGCCUUCUACCAAUCCAAUACAGCCCUGAAAGGCUGGUUCGAAACCUGGCUCUCAGUUCCCCAGGAGUUCUUCUACUGCAUACCCAUCUCGAUAGCCUCUCACAUGGUCUACGCCGUCAUGAUGAUGAGCCGCUGGUCCUGGCUUACAACAAGAGGCAAAACAUCGCCCGAGCCGCAGACGGACCCCGCAGAUCCGUCAGAGGAUAACCCCAACGUCGCGCUGGCGGCCAUGGAAGCCGCUAUCAGCCCCAAUACCCCCGCGUCGACGUCGACCCCGUCGGCUGAGACGAAGGGAUCUUCGCCGUGGCAGACGACGUUGCCUGAUAAGGAUCUGCCUCAGGUGCUGGCGGCCCUGAAGGCUCGGCUUUCGACACAGCCUGACCUUAUGCUCGAUGUGGAGGGGUACCUCAACCGGAUCGUCGCCCAGCUGCAGACCAUUGACGCGCUGUACUCUGAAAUGUCAGUCGACGAAGGCGAGUGGCGCGGGAAUAUCUGGAGUCUGGGCGCGACAAAAGUCAAGAUUGCGAUGUUGAGACAGCAGAGGUGGUCCAAGGUCAUUGCUGCGCAGGCGGAGGAGCGGGAGUUGGAGAUCCAUAGCGCGGCAGGGGAGCAGCUUGGGCUGGGGGAGAUUGAGAUGCAGGAGAACUUCCUUGCAUCGUUGCAGAUGCCUGAGUGGGAUGCGAGUAUGGUCUGGGAUCCGCACAGGUAUUAUAAUCCAAUGCCCGAGGACCCGGCGCUCUGGACUGAUGUUCCUGGGGAUCAGGAUUGGGGGGCGGGUGUGAAUGGGAUGGGGGGGAUGGGGUCGCUUGGCCAGAUGCCGGAGGGGAGAUAUAUGUAA